GUUUUACAAAAAUUGUUUCAGUAACUUAAAAAUGUCUUGAACAUUGUGUAUUUAAUGGAAAAUUGUAAACAAAAUGUUUAAAAAAUAAAAAUUACUACAAUGCUAUAUUUAUUUAUAAUUAAUUUGUAAAUACACAUGGUUGGAUCAAAUAAACACACAACAACGGUAUUAUACAAAACCAAAACAUGGCAAAUAUAACAUAUGGUAGUUUAGAAGGAGGAUUUUUCAAUAAAAUGAUUGAUUACUUAAUAGAUAAAUUGGAACAAGAAAUACACACAGAUGAACUAGUUGACUCGUGGUCAUUAAUGAAAACACCAUGGCCAAUAUUAUUUAUUCUAGCGAUUUACUUAUUAUUUAUAUUGAAAAUUGGACCUAAAAUAAUGGAAAAACGUAAACCACUUAAUUUGAAAUACAUUAUGAUGGCAUACAACCUUAUGCAAAUGAUAUAUAAUUUCAUUUUUGUUACAAAUAUAUUUCAACCUGAAUUAUUCAAUGCUAUGAUUAGUACAUUGUGUCGUGAAUCUUCUAUAGAUUUUCAUAUAAGAUUAAGGUAUUAUAGCUUUUGCUGGUAUUUUAUGUUUUCCAAAGUGCUGGACCUCAUUGACACAGUGUUUUUUGUGCUAAGAAAGAAACAAUCUCAUGUGUCAUUUUUACAUGUUUAUCAUCAUGUUAAUAUGGUUAUUUCUAUUUGGUUAUUCUGCAAAUUUUUUAGAACUUCCUGUGGAGCGUUUGUUGGUCUUAUGAACGCAUUUGUUCAUGCAAUUAUGUAUAGUUAUUAUUUUUUAUCAGCUUUUGGGCCAAUAAUGCAAAAGUAUUUGUGGUGGAAAAAAUAUUUAACCCGUUUACAAAUUGUGCAAUUUAUAAUUGGAUUGACUUAUGGUUUUAGUUUAUUCAUUUUUGAUUGCGAAUUUCCUAGAUUAUUUACUAUUUAUAUGAUAGUUGACGUUUCAUUAUUUUUGUAUUUAUUUUUAGUUUUUUAUAAAAAGACUUACAGUAAUGAGUCUAAAUUAAAAUAAGAUAUUAAUGUUAUACUAUAUCUAAUGUAGAAUAUAGUUAUUUAUUUAAUUGUUCAUUGUUUUUAAAUACUUUGUUAUUAAGUUACUUUUAUUUUGUAACAUAAUUUAUUAAUUUUUAUAGUUUUAAUAAAAAGUAACAAUCUUAAUUUUAAAAACGUAUAAAUUGAUAAAUUGUUUUUAAGUUUUGACAUACACUUGCUGUAUGGAGCAUUAUUAAUAAAAACUGUAAGCCACGCUUUAAAAUAAAUUAAUUAAGUUUUUUGAAUGA